CCCGCCCUUUGCGUGUUCGCAGCCGGGUAGAUCCGAGCCUGGCCGGGUCCCGCCUCCGGGUAGUGCUCUCGGCGCCGCGUCCGCGCUCCUUCCUCGCCCAGCCCGGACACCGCUAGGCGCUGCGUGCACGGCCCCGGACCGCGCAGUUCUGCAGGCCCCCCGAAAGAGGCUGGGGGUUGCGGGGGCGUGCUGGGCGGGGUAGGCGUGGCCGGACCCACGAUAGCCCGGGGGCCAGGACUCCUCGGCCGCCUCUUGCCCUGCGGGCGGCGCAGAACCGCGGGUCCAGAACAUGUCGCCCGAAGAAUGGACAUAUCUAGUGGUUCUUCUUAUCUCCAUCCCAAUCGGCUUCCUCUUUAAGAAAGCUGGACCUGGGCUGAAGAGAUGGGGGGCAGCGGCCGUGGGCCUGGGGCUCACCUUGUUCACCUGUGGCCCCCACACUUUGCAUUCUCUGGUCACCAUCCUUGGGACCUGGGCGCUCAUUCAGGCCCAGCCCUGCUCCUGCCACGCCCUGGCCCUCGCCUGGACCUUUUCCUACCUGCUUUUCUUCCGCGCGCUCAGCCUGCUGGGCCUGCCCACUCCCACGCCCUUCACCAACGCCGUCCAACUGCUGCUGACACUAAAGCUGGUGAGUCUGGCCAGUGAAGUUCAGGACCUGCACGUGGCCCAGAGGAAGGAAAUGGCCUCGGGCUUCAGCAAGGGGCCCCCCUUGGGGCUGCUGCCGGACGUGCCCUCUCUGAUGGAGACCCUCAGCUACAGCUACUGCUACGUGGGGAUCAUGACAGGCCCGUUCUUCCGCUACCGCACCUACCUGGACUGGCUGGAGCAGCCCUUCCCAGGGGCCGUGCCCAGCCUGCGGCCCCUGCUGCGCCGCGCCUGGCCGGCCCCGCUCUUCGGCCUGCUCUUCCUGCUCUCAUCACACCUCUUCCCGCUGGAGGCCGUGCGCGAGGACGCCUUCUACGCCCGCCCGCUGCCCGCCCGCCUCUUCUACAUGAUCCCCGUGUUCUUCGCCUUCCGCAUGCGCUUCUACGUGGCCUGGAUUGCCGCCGAGUGCGGCUGCAUUGCCGCCGGCUUCGGGGCCUACCCCGUGGCCGCCAAAGCCCGGGCCGGGGGCGGCCCCACCCUCCAAUGCCCACCCCCCAGCAGUCCGGAGACGGCGGCUUCCAUGGAGUACGACUAUGAGACCAUCCGCAACAUCGACUGCUACGGCACGGACUUCUGCGUGAGAGUGCGGGAGGGCAUGCGCUACUGGAACAUGACGGUGCAGUGGUGGCUGGCGCAGUACGUCUAUAAGAGCGCGCCCGCCCGCUCCUACGUCCUCAGGAGUGCGUGGACCAUGCUGCUGAGCGCCUACUGGCACGGCCUGCAUCCUGGUUACUACCUGAGCUUCCUCACCAUCCCGCUGUGCCUGGCAGCCGAGGGCCAGCUGGAGUCCGCGCUUCGGUGGCGGCUGGGUCCCCGGGGCCAGAAGGCCUGGGACUGCGUGCACUGGUUCCUGAAGAUGCGGGCCUACGACUACAUGUGCAUGGGCUUCGUGCUGCUGUCGCUGCGCGACACCCUCCGCUACUGGGCCUCGGUCUACUUCUGCGUGCACGUCCUGGCCCUGGCGGCCCUGGCGCUGGGCUUGGCCCUGGGCCGCGGCGGACCCGGGCGGCGGAAGUCGGCCGCCCCAACCCCCAGCCCGGCCUCGGGAAAGCUCCGGGAAGAGUGAGCCCUCGCCACACGCCUCUGCCGCUCGUCCUGCCCCUGCGCUUUGGUCUGGGAAUCCCGUGAACCAGGCUGCCGCCGCCCUUCCCAGGAAGAGAUUGGAAUUUGGCCAGGGGCCUGGAGAGGAUUCCCCGGCUCAGCGGCCUGCCUGGCAGGCCAAGGCGGGGGCGCGCCUGCUUCCCUGGCUGCCACCACCCCCGCCCCGGUGAUCAGUUUUCCCUCCCGUAAAAAUCAAGAUAAAUGCCCAGAGAGACUCUCCGUUGUCCCUGCCCAGGGCCUGCUGUUCAGAGAGCUGUGUCUCCCGCCGCACCGGGGCCAACGGGCCACAGGGCUUCUUGGGCAGAUGGCUGCACGGCGUGGGGGUCGGAGCCUCGGGGCGGGUCCGGGGGUCGGGUGGGGGGAGGUGGGCGCUUUCUGGCCGCUUUCGCUCCACGUCCUCUCGGUGGACCCGCACGGAGUGUGACCCUCUUGGAAGGGAGAAGCCGCGGUGCGGACGUCCUGGCCUUCGUGGGCUCCCUCUGAGCCGGCCAAGGGUCCCCGCGCUCCUGUAGCCUCCUGUCAUCCCCGGGCCUGGGACAGGCUCAGAAUGUGUAAAUCUUUCCCAAUAAAGUGUCACACGGAGA